AUUCCUUGUAUCAGCUUUACAGAUCUCAUCGCCAUACCUUUUAGCAUCAAUCAUCACCAGCAUACCAUAGCUGCCCUUGCUGUAGACACUAAUACAAGGUCAAUGAUCACCACAGCAGAAAGUUUCAAAACCUGUCAUCCUACCAUGGUCUCUGUCAUAGGUUCUUCUAUGAAAGGGUGCCGUUGGUGGUUUGGAAGAAAGGAUGAACUUAGUAAGAUGCUCGAUGAAGUAAACUGCUUGUACUGGGGUGGAUCCUUGGUUGGGAUGGCAUAUAUGUUUGUUGAUGAGAUGCUGAAGACUGGUAAAGUGAGCCAGGAUGUUGUGGAUAAUAUACCACGUCUUUGUGUUGUUCAUGCUGCACUGGCUAUCCCCGACAGUCUUGAUGGCAGCCUCAAUGCUAUCUAUCUCGUUGAGAAGAAGAUCCAUGGCAGAUUCAACAAGUAUAUCAAUAACAAUUCUGCUGUUCCCACUGAU